AUGGAAGUCCAAGUCGACACGGUGAUUGAAAGAGGGUGUGUGAUAGGAGAACCAAUUGUUGGGUAUAUCCGUCUCACCCUCCAAAAGCCUUUUAACAUCACUACAGCGUAUGUCUCACUUUGUUUACACGUGCCGAACUAUGCAAUCGCUCAACACCCCUCUCUCCCUUCAAAUCAAAAAUUUCUCCCACUCAAAAAGAUUCAGACGAUCACAUUUUCUUUCGGAAUUUUCACUUGUUUGGGAUUUCCUAAUAUGACUUCCCACGAAUACCCGCCUGGCAUAUUUAAACUCCCUUUCACAUUCAAUUUGCCACAAAACUUCCAACCAACAUUGAUUGUCCCAGACUUGUUCAUUGUCGCUAGUUACUCCUUGCAAGGGUUUGUCAUCUCCGCUGCCCAACCAUUCACGGGACCACAAGUCCCACUCCAUUUGUUACAAACCAAACUCAUACAACUUCAGGACAAUGUCCUGCAACACCCUAAACUACUCCAACAGCAGCAACAACAGCAGUUUAUGAGUAAUGAAUUGCCUAAAAUAGAUCCAGACGACUUCUCUCAAGACUUAGAAUUACCAUCAGUACCUAUGACCGUGGGAACAGACUUUACGAAUGCAAUGAAAAUGGAAGACAAACACCUCUCAAUCAAACCAGAAGUCACGCCAACAGUCACCCCACGACCAAAUAGACAAGAAAUGGACAAUCUUAUUGAAAACCCUCCAAAAAUGCUUGGGGCGUCUUUAUGCAGUUUCACAACAAGCAAAGAAAUGUACGCGCAAGGCGAAGUCAUCAACGCGAAGAUCUCCGUGCGGUCAUUGAAGUCAUUAACCCCAACACUUACGAUUGGGUUAUAUGGGUUUUUGAUUCACGAAACAGUGAUAGCGUCCAAGUGUUACACGAAAUUGACACUUCAAGAAAGUAGCGAGGAUUACACGCAGAAUCUUCAAAUUGAGAUCCCCCCAAUAGUCCCGCCGACAUUCACUUCCCUCUUUUUGAGAUGGGAAUACUUCAUCAUCAUUUCUAUCCCUCCACAAAAGGUGCAAAGUAGUUCGAUUUAUGUCCCCGUCACUAUUAAAGCGCCGUUUGUGUCGUUGGACACCUUAGCGUUGUACUCUACUAGUCUUGGAGUGAAGACUCCCAACGAGCCAUUUUCCAUCCACGACAAAAUCCCAUUUUUCAUCAACGAAGAGAACGGCAUAGAACGUGGAAAGAGUGUCGACGGUAAAACAGUUGUGUUGAAUCACGUAGAAAGGACGGCGGGCUUCGAACAAGACUUCGAGGAAAAUACACAGACGAUCUUGUACCCGUGUUACACGUCGAUUACGCUCCCCCCGGGUUUCUCGUUUGGGAGAUAUCAAAAUAGAGCGACUGUCAUUGACCACAUCAACGGAAUUGUAUAUUGGAAGUUCCAAUUCCAGAACCAAAGAGUACCCCAAUCAAUGGUCUCGGGACUUAGAGACAUCCCCGUGUUACAAAUAACAGUUCUGGACACGUUUGGACUCAAUGUGAUAUCGAAAGGGAUGAUCCCAAGUUACUUCUGUCAAGUCAGAGGAGAUGACGGGAAUUGGAUUAAGUCGGUGGUGGUCAAGGGGAUCGACCCGGAACUCAAUUUCGAAUUCAACUUGCGCCCAAGUGUGACACGACAGAACGUGGUGCUCUACUUCUACACUAAAAAGAAGUUUGGAGGGAAGAAAUACAUCGGAUUCAUCGACAUCGACUUGUGCGAAACCCCAUUUAACACGUUUGUCGAAAAGUUGUAUCCAAUUCAGAAGAGCGACUUCGGGAAUGAACCUUUCUUGGGAUUCGUGAGACUGAGAAUCGACUAUAACAAAGAGGAGACAACACAGUCGCCCCCAAAGAUCAUUAGGACGGUGUUUACUCCAACAGUAGAUGUCUCUCCAAAUAGAACCCCCGAGACUUUACACCAAAUCCAGAAACAGAAUUUAUUAAGAACUAAAUUUGGGAAGAACAAAAUUUAUGAUGUCCUUGGCGACACUAUUAAAAUCAAUUUGUGA